CAAUAAAUUAUCCAACAUUUUUCUUCAGAUGUAAUUGUAAAAUGUCAAAGAAUUUAUAGAAUGAGGAAGGAUACAGAAUGCCGAAUUUGAUGAAAAAUAAAUGAAAAAAUAUGAAACUUUUCAUCCUCCUUCUCCUCCUUCAACCAUCAUAUCAAGAUUACUACAGUUCUUGCUCUUCUAUAUUGGAGGGAAGCUACCCAGAAAGAACUGUUUGCAAGUGCAUUGAUAGUCAGAAUCCCAGUGCUGUAUGUGUGGAGAGUAGUAUAGAUACAGUUCCCAGUGAUCUGAACCCUAGUCUUGAAAGUCUGAACCUGUCAAAGAACAGGAUACAAGCUCUCGACAGUUUAUUCUUCUACCAGGAGCUCAUUACCUUCAUAGUCUCAUACAAUAGGAUUACGAGUAUUAAUUCCAUGUGUUUCCAAGACAGUAUCACUCUGCACUCGCUUGAUCUCAGUCACAAUCUACUUGGAGAAGUGAAAAGGAAACAGUUCUAUGGACUAGGGAAUCUGAAAACUCUAGAUCUAUCUUAUAAUAAGAUUAAACACAUCCAGACAGGAGGGUUUGAUAAUCUUGAUGAGAUUAUUACCAUCAACCUUUCAUAUAAUGAGCUUAACCAACUAGAUAACCAGGUGUUUUCUGGUCCUUUUAUUACUAACCUGCAGUAUCUUUACAUGGAACAUAACUAUAUCAAGCAUUUUCCUUAUGAUGUGUUUUCAAAUCUCAGAAGUCUAAGUACCCUUGAUCUAAGUCUGAAUCCACUGUCUACUCUGGAAGUUCCUCUCUUUCAGGAAUUAAACUCACUUGCUGAACUCAGGUUGAGAGAGUGUAGUCUGUACAGCAUAGGUGAAAUAGCAUUCUCAGGGUUAUCUCAACUCCGGAUUUUAGAUAUUAGUCACAAUGGACUUAACCAGGUUCCUUCCAGUUCAUUCCACAAUAUUCAAGCUCUUGAAACUCUUUAUAUUGGAGGAAACUUGAUAAGUGCACUGAGACCUAGAGAUUUUAACGCUCUAAGAAGACUCAGACACUUCUCUAUGACUGAAUGCAAAGCAGAGGACCUACUCAUAGAGGAGGAUACUUUCAGAAAAAACACAGAACUCAUUUCUAUUGAUCUCUCAAAAUGUCAUCUUGAAAAUAUAGAUGAAAGUGUGAGUUUUCACUAUUUAACAAUGCUCAAGAAAGUUAAUCUGCAUGGAAACCCUUUAACCAGCCUUAACAAACUUCUCCUAGCAUUCUAUGAUUUAGACAGUUUGGAUGUAACUGACUGCCCUCUAGAAUGCGGAUGUUCCUUAUCCUGGUUAAAGGACCUUCUAAAUACCAAACCAAAUAUAUCUAGACAGGCUAGGUGCAAUUACAAGGGAGAAUUUGACCUAAUAGCUGUUCUGCAUGAGGAGGCCUUUUCCUGCUCUUCUCAAGAUUUUAGUCUGUUAAUUAUCUGCAGUUUAUCUGUAGGGGGAGCUCUAACUUUAGCAGCUGCUGUUUAUGGCCUUGUGAUAUUUUUCCGUCAAAGAGGCCGCCGAUUAGGAACUGGAUCUUGUACUGGAACGGGCUACUUCCGGUUUAGAAGAAGUUCCUCGGGAUACAGAAAAAGAAAGAGAUUGAGUUCUAAAGCCGGCAAAGAAGAUAUACAGGUUCUCCAAAACUUGAAUGUUCCUAAUAAUGGUCAGUUCAUUGAACUCCCGGGCCUCCACAGACAGGAAGAAUUAGAAUCAGUCCAGGUUCACCAGACAGAGAAUAUUUACGAAGAGGUCCCAGAAGAAUCCAAUGCAGUGCCGAAUCGGUUUCCUGAUGUCAAAAUUUCAGAAAUUUAAUUUGUAAAUAAAAAAUGCAUUAUUUGUAAAUCAAAAGACAAACUCUAGUCAUAAUCAAUGUUAACUGCAACAUAUGCUUUUAGAUGUUUAAUCCACUCAUCUCUCCCAUCGUGUUAUCCCCCUCCCCUUCAUCUCAUAACCUUCCCCCCUCCACUUUUCUACCCCCUCCCAUUAUCUGCCAUCAAUGCACAAUUGCACAAUGCAAAUCCUUUCGAAAUUUUCAAUCUUUGCAUUUUGCAUUACUUCCCCUUUCUGUAUCUCUAUUUAAUAUGUUUCCCCCCCAUUU